CCCUUCUCUAUGUCCAACCAUCUACAAAUUCUCGCAGCAAUCGCCCAACUCCCCAAUUGAGCAAAGCACGGAAGAAGAGAGGAGAGUGUUGAGUUUGAUUCGAAAUCACUUUAGCAUAGAAAUGGACAAGGAAAUCAAAUAUGAAGAUUGUCGUGGUUGGGCGGCAAGAGAUCCUUCUGGGAAACUCUCACCAUAUGAUUUCAUCCGAAGAGCUCCCUGUUCUGAUGAUGUAUCCCUAAAGAUAACACACUGUGGAGUCUGUUAUGCCGACAUUGUUUGGGCAAGAAACAAAUUUGGAGAUGCUAAGUAUCCAUUGGUGCCAGGGCAUGAGAUUGUUGGAGUUGUAAAGGAGAUUGGUUCAGAUGUGAAUAACUUCAAAGUUGGUGAUCUGGUGGCUGUUGGGACAUUUGUUGAGUCUUGUAGGGAUUGUGAGUACUGUAUUGAACGGAAUGAAAUACUUUGCUCAGAACACCCAAUUUACACUUUCAAUGGCCUUGAUAAGUAUGGGAUGAUCACAAAGGGGGGAUAUUCUGGCCACAUUGUAGUCAGUGAGAGAUUCUGCUACAAGAUUCCUGAGGGCUAUCCACCAGCCAAGGCAGCACCUUUACUCUGUGCAGGCAUCACAGUUUACACUCCGAUGAUUCGCCAUAAGAUGAACCAACCUGGAAAAUCUCUUGGUGUCAUCGGAUUAGGUGGCCUCGGCCAUUUGGCCGUGAAAUUUGGAAAAGCCUUUGGUUUGCACGUAACAGUCUUCAGUACUAGUGCUUCCAAGAAGAAGGAAGCUUUAGAGCUACUAAGAGCAGAUAAAUUUGUGCUCUCAUCAGAUGAGCAAGAGAUGAAGUCCCUUGUAAACACUCUGGACUUUAUCAUUGAUGUUGCCUCUGGAGACCACCCUUUUGAUCCCUACUUGGCACUCCUGAAGGCUUGUGGUGUAUUGGUUCUUGUUGGUGCGCCUAGUGAAGUUUGUUUACGACCUACUUCUUUACUUAUGGGUGCAAAAAGCAUCUCAGGCACCUUAACAGGUGGUACUAAACACACACAAGAAAUGCUGGAAUUCUGUGCGGCCAGGAAGAUAUAUCCAGAGAUCGAAGUCAUUGAUAUUCAGUACAUAAAUGAGGCUCAUGAGCGGCUUAUCAACAGAGACGUCAAGUAUCGCUUCGUGAUCGAUAUUGAGAAUUCUCUCAAGUGAGCCAUUUAGCAGUAGCUGAAUUUUGCUCCAUUGUUUUAAUUUAAUCAGGGCUUAUUUAGACUUGUAAAAAUUAUUGAACAAGGAUCAAUGUGCUUUGAUCAUUUGGGCUAUAUUUAUUAGUGGGUGAGGGCCAAUGUAUUUUGAUUAUAUGAAAUAUAGUAUCAGGUUUGCCUAUGA